AUGGCCACCGAUCGUUUGGAAAGCCAACAAAUCGACUUCAAUUGGCUUUUUCUGGUCGAGAGCGUCACCAUAGCCAUCGUUGUUAUUUUCUACUUGUUCUACUUCAACCGGGUCCUUGGAUGGCUGGUCGCUGCGCUUUGUAACCUUUACUUUCGGAAAUACAACUACAAUGCCUCUGUGGAGUUUGAGGCGAUCCAACUGUCGCUCUUGUCCGGACGCGUGCUGUUUAGAAAUGCGAGAUAUCACUCCAUCAACCAAAGUUUGCGAAUCGUCAAAGGUCAUUUAACAUGCCGGUACUGGUAUCUCAGGACCCAAGGGGUGGAAUCGGAUGGUCCAGUACCUAGGGAAAGAGAUCCGGAUUCAUCAUCGACUUUGCCUCAUCGUUGGCUCAUGGCAUUCGAAGGGGCCGAGUGGUUUGUCUAUAAUCGCACAGCUGCUUUCGAUGUGAUCUUGGAGCAUCUCGGAUUCGUUGACCCUCAAGAUCUGACCUCAGAAUCCUCAAUCCAAAAAGAAGCAAGCGAUAGUCCAUUUGAACGUCCAUCGGGAGCUAGUACUAGUCAAACAACGUUCAAAGUUCAAAACCCGCCGCCUGUCAAUACCAAUCACCAUCCAAAUGGUAAGAAGCAGGACGGCGGACAAGAAAGUAUGAUGAGCUGGGCCCUGCGAGACGCUCUUCCAGUCAGGAUAGAAGGAAAGAUUGGUGUGGUUACGAUCGGGAACCCCUCGACAUCUUCGAUCAUGGUCUUCACUUUCCAAAAAGUUCAUGGCGUCUACAGCGCACCCAAUGCCCGGUCCCGCCAUGAUUUCUUCAGACAAGAUUUCAAAUUUUCAUUCCUACAGACCAAGAUCGUACUAAGGAUCAACCCAGACUUCAGCCGAACGCUCAAAGAACACGGCGCUGCAAUCCUCAACGACCUUCAAUCCGAUCCCAACUAUCGUCAAGCUUUUGACCAACCCAUCUAUCGCCUCUUGGACACAGCUUCAUUUUCCCAAUUCGGAAAAUACUUCAGUGCCAAAUCAUCGGGACUCUUCAACUGGAUACAUACCAGUCAUCAACCAGAAGUGAACAAAGUGCCUGGAGUGGCUAUCGAACCAGACGGCUUUGUCGGCCUGCCUCGUUUUAUACAGACUAACGCGCCGGCACAUCCGGCAGAAUAUGCUAAAGUUACUACGAUUCUGGUCUCUAGGAUCAUGGACUUUCGAUAUUAUCUUGAUUCUCCUGGAAAAGUUCCCGCAGAUCCUUUGACAAUCCAUCAUCUCUCAACCUCAUUAUCCGUCGAUCCCGAGGACGGUUUGCCUCCUGAAUACGGCAUAGACAUCAAACUAGUUGAUGCCAACAUUACGUACGGCCCGUGGGCUGAUAGACAACGUGCAGUGAUUCACAAGGCUAUAUUCCCUCCUCAGCGCUUCGACAACGUCGAACCCCCCCAGCCAUUUGGCCCUGGGGAUCAGCGGGCUCAUACCGAACUAGUGGUGAAAAUUGAUCUCGAUAAUUGCCAAAUGCGAGUUCCAAUUAGAGAAUCUUCCAAAGAUUGGCAAUGGCUCGCUGGCGGAACUACUGGAAAAAAUCAAGAUUCCAGUCUCAGACCAUAUGGCUGGCUCGACCUGUCUUUUGGGCAGGGUAGUGAAAUCACACUAACUCAGAGUCAAAUCCCUCAGAGAGAGGAGGGGUAUGAAAUGGUUCUACAAUUUCGGGUGAUGGACUUGGAGGCCAGGUCAAGUGUGAACGACAAGGUCUUCGCCGAAAUUCCCAUGGUUUUGAUCAUAGCCGAUAUGCCGACCCCACUGGUAUGGGACUCCCCUCGAACCUGGAAGUACCGCCUUACCCUGUCCGAAAAAUCUUACCACCCUCACGACUUUACCGAUUCGAAAAAUCAGCCUCGAGUUUCUCUUGUUCGUGAUCACAUCCAGUUUGUAAUCGAUUUGAUCAAAGAUUGGCUCUCUGGCCCACCAACGCUUUACGAAGAAUGGGUCCCAAUUACAUACGAAGUCGAACUCAAGUUGGUUGAUUACGAACUAAACUUGCAUUUAAAUGAUCUCAACAUCAUCGAAAACUUCGACUUGGCGGCUGGUUCUAACAACAACACUUUGUUACUUCUUUUCGGCCAAUUGCUAGCGAUUCGAGUCGUCAUUCCGGGCGAACUUUACCGACCAUCGGUCUCAACCACUUCCUUCAGUGUACAGUUCGACAGUUUGAACGUUAAACUAGACUACCCCGACUGGAGCACUCACCAGUCAUUUGCAACCGAAUCUGCAUUGUACUGCGCAGAACUGGAUCGGGUCUCCCUGCAAGGCUACUAUGAUGCCAAUGAUUCAGUUCAACCGGAAGCUGUCGAUUUCUUGAAUUUGAGUUUGGAGAUGGAUAACAUUCUAUUCAAAGCGUUCGGGCAUCUCUUGCGGUUGAUGAUGAACAUUAAAGAAAAUUACCUCGGUUCUUAUAAUCAUUUCAGUACGCAGGAAGAAUUCAUUGCGGCAUUCAAAAAAGGCAUCGUAGGCGAACAUCCGGACGAAGUAAAUUAUCGGGCUACUAACUCGAAUACAUUUGAAAUGGAUCUCAAGGCGAUCAUCACGAAUUUACUUCUUGCAUUUCCGCAAGAUUCGUUCGAUUGCGAAGAGGUUGUUUUCUGUGCGAUACCAAGGUCUAGCUGCUUUCUGAAAAACCACGCUUCAUUUAUGGACAUGAACUUGGAAACUUCUCCACUGCGCUUUCAACCAGCUACCGAUUGGGAGCACCUUUUGGAUAACCCCACCAUUCGACACCAGAUCUUGAGCGGCAACUAUAGCUCAUUUCAUUCUCAAACUCGUGUCCGACUCGAGUCAAUCCAACUGACUGCCCUACGCCUAUUUGGACCUCUCCCCGAGGCAAUCACUUACUUCGGUGAUUGGCGCUGUUCUAUUGGGCAACUGACCGGCGAGCUCGACAUCACCGAUGUUGAAGCUUUUGCUCGAUUUACUGGUGUCGUCGGCGAGAAUUUUGUUGACAAGGCAAAUUCCCUGUUCGCUGAUUUCCCCAUCCCCGUUGAACCAGAUGUCACCUUUGCACGCUUGAGCACGGAGGCUAUCGAUUUAAUCAUAGUCACUCCUAGGUCACGGGCGCGGCUCCAUUGUUCCUCGGGCAUCCAACUUUCGUUCAACGACUUGGCUUCCGAUCUGUUUAAAAUUCACACGGAAAUUAUCGUCCCCGCCUUUGGGCUUUAUCUUUUAGUCCCAGAUCCCAGAGGUGAUAUGCAAAACACGGCUAUUCCCUGGCUAGAAGUCGCGUCUUGUACUGGGAACCUGGAAGUCCUUUCUGCCGCGGCAGCUUUGGGUUGGGAAGAGAAGGCGCAAAGUCAGCGCCAGUUUCUAGAAGAUCAAGACAUCCAAACCAAAAGAUGCCACUUUUUAUAUCCGGGAACGGCACUGUAUCCUCAUCUUCCGGCUGCGGCCAAGGACAUUCUGGACGACCUACAACGCAGUCCGAUCCACGAUCCACAUGCUGUAAUUGACAGUAGCGAUGACGGCCAUUCUCUACAGUCUCACGUGACCAACGCUCGGGGCUCUGACUCCAGUGCCGAGCAGUCUGAAACAGAUGGUCGAGUCGCAGCAAAGAACCUCCGCCGCGAACGACUACUUUAUCAGCGACGACUAUCAGUGUCGGCAUCUCGAAUCCUCCGGGCAGACACGUCACCAAUACCUGCUGCACCGUAUGCCACUGCGUUGCCGUCCUGGAGAUAUUAUGGGCUAAACCCGGACAUUCCACCCCAGCAACCGACAUUUCUGGCCAUGCGGGCGGGAUUGUUUCCGCCCCAAAGUAUUCACAAUAAACACGGUGAUGGUGAACAUACGCCCUUUCACAUAUCCCGUAUGAAUACCAACGACACAUCUACUCAGCGUAAGCAAGUACUGGGACGAAAGCAUCUCGAUCUGCGAAUGAAGACCCCACUCGAUUUUUUCCUCACUCCAUUGUGUGUUGAAGUGAUUGAUGACAUGUUAGAAACUCUUACGGAUGUAAGUUCCGAUGGAUCCAGUUUUUACAACAGACUGUUGGGAUCACUUACCGCCAAUCCGACAUCUAAUUCAACUCCGGAUAGUGAAGUUUUGGAGUUUUUUGUUUCAAUACCACUCAUUCGGUUUAGAUUACUUCAAGAUGUCGCUUCUGCCUUCGAGCCCACUGGAAAUUCGUCGAUGUCGGCCAAUGCAACCCCACUCUCUGCGAUAAAUUUGCAUGUUCAAGAGGUUUGUCUGAAUGGCAAAUCUCCUGAUCUAUUUUCGAAAGGGCCGUUGGAUCAGCGGGGUUUACCGCAAAAUGUUCAGGCAUCAACCGACGGGUUCCAGUUAUUAAUACGACAAGACCCCAGAUCUGCCAUUGACCAUUUCUUCCUCAAUUUGCCUCCGAAUUCCGAAACCACCGCCGGCGCCGUUUUGGUCCUUGAGAGUGGAUUCGCUGAAUUGAGAUUAUCACAUGAUGGCUGCCGGCUCGAAUCGGUCGCGAAUUCGUCCGAUAUGUCUUGUUCCUUUGUCGAAAGAGCUGCCGAAACGUUGGCCGGUAGUUUUGCGUCGAUUGUCACCCAUUCGGCUAGGGCUAUGAGUCUCGUUUCCAAGUACGAACAUCACAGGCACGAAACACUGCGAAGCGCGAUAUACUGUUUGAUUGAGAAUGAUGUCGACGUAACACCAUCAUGCUUGAGGCGGUCACCCUUUUGGGCCCAUAUGUUACCUUCUUCCUACCGCUCUAGCUUCGCGUGGUAUUGUUUGAUUAAAUUUCGUCAAGUAGCUCACAUUCUUGCAAAUCGAAGGGCCACAAUCAAUCGCAAGUCCAAUCUUUCAGAAACAGACAUUCAAAAUAAGCUCAUCGCAUGGAGCUUGGAUCACGGCGGUGAUUCAGAUGUUGGUUCACUCGACUGCUUCCUGCCUCAAAUUAGGCCCCCCAAACCGGCGUCAUCGGUCUCUCUUCAAUCCUACCUCCUGGAAAAUCACUCCUUUCUGCUGAGUACCGGAUGCUUUAUCGUGCGGUUUAUCCAUAAAGCAAACUCGCCCGCAUUUCCUUCAGCGCUGGGAAACUGCGACAAUUUCUUCCAGCUCACCCCAACCACCUUGCUUGUUGCUACCGAAUUAAGAAAAAAAUCUGUCGCACUAGGCUGUUAUCUCAAUACCGGGAAGAUUACCUGCAAAGUAGAUCCGCAAUUCAGCUCGCUUGCCCAACACAUCGUUACCCUCGUGCACGCUUUCAAGCCAAAAGUUCCAGAAGAUCCUAUUAUUCAACGAGACUUUUCAGAACCCGUCACACUUCCUAUGAAAGCUACCGAUGUCUCCUCCUUCACCGGCAUAUUUUGCAAACUUGAAAUGUCCGUUGUUUUUGGCGGCGCAAGACUGCAAGCAGCCGUUCAUCGCUUGGGUACCAUGAUUGAAGUGGGAAAGCUCUCUCUGAGCUUGAGCCUUGAGAAUGCUACGCCUGCCGUCUCGUUUCAACCGAAUCUAUGCUUUUCUUCUGCCCACCUCGAGCAUAUUGGCAUCUAUCUCUCUGAAAUUUCACUUGCGCAUCUGUCCUCGGCAACCGAACCGGUUCUAGAAAAUUUGCUGAUGUCAGCCAAAAUUGAAAACAUUACUGUUAAUACACGCAACGGGCCAGAUACCUCAAACAUAAUAUUAUUAGUAUCACUCGAUAGUAUUCAUGUCAGCGUUGGUCGCAGCCUGGUCAAGAUGGAAGAGUUUGUGCGCGACUGGCGGCAGCGAGAAGUCGCGUCUCGGAUCGUACCGAUGUAUCAUAAAAUCUUAGAGGCAUGGAAAUCGGAACCGGCGGCCCGUAGCCCUUCAAGCACUGUUGGGAAUUGGUCGUUGUCUCUCGAGCUCCACCUUACGGACAUAGCAGCUAAAUUCCAGCCCAUCCCACGAUUGGAGGUUGUCUACAGCUUGCAGGGUCUAAGUUUUACUGACUUCAAAGUAUCCCUGAGAAACGAACAGCUUGGUCUGAAUGGCGGAAUCGCAGUCGAUCAGCACACUCUGAGCUUUACUUCAACCACCGAGAAAAUUGACUCGGAGCCGCUCGACUUGACCACGCGGCAUCAUGGUUUAUUGAAGUUCCCAUCCUUACAAAUGCUAUGUUCUUACACAAAUCCAACCAAAUCCAACCCAUCCCUACAUUUAGAUCUUUCAAUCGACUUGUUCAGUGCUUCUCUAUCGAUCAACUGGCUGGAUACCAUUCUGACAAUGACAGGCCGAUACGGUGAAGAUAUCAACGAGCUCAUCCACUUGUUACGACCGCCAGUGAUACCGCAAGCACCUAUCAAAAUCAACAGCUCAAAAUCAGUCAAAGAAUCUUCUCUGCAAAUCUUUGCCGAGAUUAUACUGUCGGGAUUUGAGCUUUCCAUAGUUGCUCCCAAACCCCUACCUCGCAUUGAAUGUCGGCGCGUAAAAUGCACUGUUCAUCCGAAAUUCCGUCAUCUGGAACUGUCCGAUUGCGCGAUCUCCCUUGCACCACCAGAGCAAACGACGGGACAUGCGCAAAGUUUUGCUCGCUUCGUUUUCGAUCUUUUUCUCUCCAACCAGAGCCCGGCCUGGGCAUUUACCCACUCAACUGAUCGUGACCCUAUCCGCGAAGAUGUAUUAGAAAUCACCGCAGAUUUUCAGCGCAUCCAUGCCGUUGCAGCCACUUCAGCCUUCAAGCUACUACUGGAUUGUAUUCAGUAUUUACAGCUUGAACUUGCCCGUAUCAAAACUGUUCAUCGAACUGAAAUGGCUGAGGCUGAGUCGCGCAUUGAACAAGCUUGGUCUAGUGCUCAAAAUCAGGAUACCUUAACUGAACCCUUACUCCAGCGGUUGAUCUUUGCAGGCCGCUGUUCUCAGUUUGGUUUAGCUAUACCUUUGGACGACCCCCCCUCUGAUUCCAACAAAUCUAAUGACAAUCCACCAUCACCUCAAGGCUUCAAAGGAGCGGCUUUGUUAAUUUCAUUCACUCAGCUAGUCACCUGGAGUCGUCUAGGUCAGACCGCUCAAGCUAGUGUGGAACUAUUUGCCAUACAGUCGGUGUCUCAGCUAGAUCCAUCGUUGGUCGAGAAUUUUGACAGCACAAGCCACGAGACCCGCAAUUCCGUCUUUGUCCCUCACUUGGACGUCAAGUUUGGCUUGACCGCUCGACCACAAGCUGCUACCAUACUUACUGUCAAGGCCUCUGCACCUAGUGGAAUCACGAUUGACAUGAGUCCUUCCAUUCUUUUAAUCAUCCAUGCAUUUCUGGAUGUAUAUGAACGCGAUAGCCAUCUCAUCGUCAACUUAAUCGAAAGUCACACCCAAUCCUCAGACGUGGAGACGGCUGAUGAAUGCCAACGCGCAACUGUCAAACCAAGCAUUUCUCUUUCCCCUACACUAACCGACCCCUGGGCCAUCCGUGUUGACUUUGAUACUGGCGUGGGUGGAGGUGGAAAAAUACAACUGCAUACAUUUGACCUGGCUCAAGAUGAUGCCGAUUUUGUUGAAAUCUUGCAGCGUGCCAACGUCUCUUUGGGUCGUAUAAAUAUGGAUGUGGCCCAUAGUGAUUUGUUCUUCCUACCCGGUGUUUCGGCUUGGGCAGUGUACAACCCGAUUUCUGCGACGACCGACGCAGCUCUUCAUGUUGAUAUUGUAGUGCAUUCCUCACAAAAUACGCUGAACCCUACGCUGCUGCGAUUUGUGAGUCAGAUGUCUGCAGCUGCUAAUCGGCGUGUCUGCCCAAAAUCAGACAACACCAUCAAGUCUACUUCCGUCAAGCCGCCGACCCAAUCGACAGAAACCACCAAAUCAUCGAUUUUAUCAACCAAUUUGUCCUUCGGGUUGCGGAUCGAUCGUUCUGAACUUACUAUAACCUGUCUACCUACUCGCGCCCUAGCGAAACUUCAGUGGGCUAGUGGUGUUUUAUUCGCCUCCGGUCGUCUGGAUAAAAACCAGUUCAAUGCGGCAUGCACAGUUUCUAAGAUCGCGGCUUUCCUUCGCCAUGAGCACGGGUUUGAUUCAGCCCUAAAAGCUGAAGCAGGUGAUAUGGUUGCAUCUGUAGAUUGGAGAGCUUUGCGUCCAGCUACCCGCCAGCAUACGCAUACAUGUUCAGUGCUCUUGAAAUUCUCCGAGCUAUUGACCGAGGUGGAUUUCAAUCAUCUCAAUAUAUGCUUGCUUUUCAAAGCAAUUUGGCUCGAUCAGGUCACCCCACCAGCUCAAUUAAAGCCCGAGUCGGGUGUCGGCAAGAUCCCGAAGCCGUUAGAAACCAUUCCGCAAAACGACAAAAACGACACCACCAUUCUUCUUGUGGCAGUGCUGGCUGAUAAUAUCAAAUUCUUGCUAAGGCUAUCUCCUAGUGUAGGUACUCUUCACCUGGGAACGACUCCAUUAAAUUUGAGGGUGAGACACAUUCCGGGUGUUUCCAGGUCCUUAGUACUAGACAUCGGUGAAACUUCUGCUGUUGCGGUCGGAGAUGGAUUGCUGGGCGGUCGGGCACAUCUACAACAUUUCACCUUACUGAUCAGUGUCGAAGAUCUAUCUUCAGAUACGAUAUUAGAUAUUAAUGCGACCAUCGGACCGAUGGAAGUCUACUUGACUGUAUCUUCCGAGACAAUACUUCUGCUUCGCACAGACCUGAUUCAAGGGGCCGUCCAAGACGAUUGGAAUGAUAUCAAAUCUCUCAAUGAGAGCUCAUCCGAGAAACUUCACGGGAGGAAAGAUUUGAGCUUACGAACGUCUUUGCAUUUGAGGAGAAUCAAUGUGCUGGCUACCCUCUACACCGCCUCCCGAGGGAAAUCCGUGUUUGAUGCGAUAGAAAAUCAAGUUAACCAACAAAAUACCCAGGCCGAAGAUGUCUUGCGUCAGCUACCACACGGUAUGAUCGUCCGGCGGGAAAAGGAUACGCUUCUUAAUGUGGCCCAGCGUCUUGAAAGCGACCGAUCCAAUCCUCCCACUCACAGUGUCAAUGAAAUCAAGAUUGUCGGGUCUCUACAGCUGACGACUCACAAUAUAUCUUUGGUUUUAUUUGCGGGUCAAUUUGGCGACAUGCCAUUACUUCGGAUGCAACUCGAAGCCACUCAAGCAUUUUUAACUCGAACUCCUACUACAAGUCACAUGAUCUACAACCUAAGCUUUACCACGGAAGGUUGUCAAGUCGCCCAUCUCAAUCUUCCGCCGAACGGCUUAUCCGAAAAGAUUCAAUCAGAUGGUUCGUGGUAUGGUGUAUUGGAAAACGUGCCGCAUGAAUUAGUCUUGAACGCGAACCGGCUUUGGAUUAGUAUGUCGGCCUCUGAAAUAAUAGAUAAGAAUCAAGUGACACAUACUUUCCGAGCAGAGAUGCCAAACAACAUACACAUUUCAACCGAUGUAACUACGCACGCCAAUCUGUGGAGCAAGUUCCGCUCGGCUUGGAACAAAGCAAAUGAAGUGAGAGGCUCAAACGAACCUUUUAUGGCUCAAGAUCUAGAACCUAAGAAAGUAAACGAAGACCUUGUGCUGAUUGCCGAGACUCCGCCAGUGAUCGAAGACGCAAAGGUGCAAGAACUUUGGCAUGCUACACUUCCCUUAGUAAACUAUUUCAAGUGGAACGAAAACUUGCCCAAAUAUACCCUCAUCCGGGUGAUUAAACCACUUGAUAAUGUUAUUGAUUUCUUCGAAGGCGUAUAUGAAUCAGCCUUUGCUCGGCAUCAGUUUAGAAUUCAUCAGUCUGAAAUCGCGAGCAUCCAAGAAUAA